AUGCAACAGCCACAACCCUCCCACGCCCACGAGGCAUCGCGCAAACUCCUCGGCAGCGCCGCCCUCAUCCUCUGGGGCGCCAUCUCGCCCUCCUCUCGAACAGACGAAGCCGCGCUAAAUGACUGGUGGACAAACGAGCAUCUGCCCGAACGUCUGCGCCUGCCGGGGUUCCGGCGCGCGCGGCGGUAUCGCGGGCUUCUUGCACCGCCUCCAUCUACUCUGACUGCGACGACUUGCUCGGUGGCUAUGGGUGGCUCUUUACCAGAGCAAAGGGGAAGUGAGGAUGGCAGUAAAGGGAAAGAUAAUGGGGAGCGUGAAGGAGGAGAUGGAGAUGGCUAUGGAGAUGAAAGUGAAAGUGUCUACCUAGCCGUCUACGAGGUAGACAAUGUGACGGAUCUGUGUUCAGAGGAGUAUAUGCAGAAGUUGGAGGAGCCGACGGAGCGGACGGCGUGGUUUAUGCCGCGUUUGGCGGGGAUGAGGAGGUCGGCUUGUGGGGUUGUGGAGAGUAUGGAUGGUGGGGUGGGAGGUCUUGCAGGAGCAGGAGGAGAAGAAGGAGGAGGGGGCGGAAGGGUUGUGGGGUUGAUGGCGUUUUGGAUGCCGUUGAGUAGGAGUAGUAGUACUGGUGAGCAGACGGCACAGCGGAGUGAAGACGCAUCAGGACUUUUCUCCAGCAUAGGCGAUGCGGUUUUUCCCAGCGGUGUAGAAGGAUCCUCGAAAACGAAAGAAGGAAGCCCCGGUCUCGAAAUAACAGCCCUGCACAUCGCGCAAGAAGAUGAAGCGAUUACGCAGGCGGGCAGCUCGACGAAAUCGUACCAUGGCGUGCGGUUUUCGGGUCAGCGUCAGCGCGCUGCUGGAGAAGCAGAGCAGAACAGGAAUGAGAAGAGAUGUAUAGUACUGGUUGAAUUCGAUCUCAGACCGCCGUUGGAGCCGCUGGCGUGUAUGGCGGGCGUUAUGGAUUCGUUGAGGGGAAGGGUAGAGAGGGAAGGUGGGAGGGAGGUGAAGUGGUGGGGGUUUGAGUGGAUUUGUGGGAUGCGUAGGGAGGAUGUUAUAGCGGGUUGA